AUGGUCUGUCAAAAGGCAUUUCUUAGUUUGUUUAGAAUUGGCAUCAAAAGGUUGAAGCGUUUAAAAGGUCUUCUAAAACAAAACAUAACUCCAUAUGACAAACGGGGACAAAAUGUAAAAGGAAAUGUUAUUUCAGAAGAGAACAACGUACUAAUUCGCCAGAAUAUUGAAUUAUCUCCAGUUAAAGAAACUCAUUACAGCAAUAAAUCCUAUCUAUAUCUUGAUGGUAAACUUAAUAUGAAAAUUAUGGUUGAUAUGUUCAAAGUAAAAUAUUCAACAACCAAAAUUCGAUAUUCUUACUUUGUGAUAUAUUUUUAUGAGCAUUUCGACAUUCACUUUGGCCGUUCACAAGUAGACACUUGUUGCAAGUGUGAAGAACUGGACCUCAAAAUAAAAAGUCCUUUGCUAGGAGAUGCAGCUAAAAGAGCAGCAGCUCCGAACUUGCAGUACAAAAAAGAAGAGCCAUAA